UUUUUACUGCACAAGUCUUUGUUUAACAGAAAUGCAUGACUAUUUGUCAAGUCCGAGGCAACAAUUAUUGAAAAGUUUUUCUACGGCUAUAGAAUCCAAACUUUUUUAUGUUUAUUGUUAGAAAUGUUCCUUUGAAAAAUAAUUCAUAGUUAAAAGAAAAUUUUAGUAAAUUACUCUCUCCCUCUCCAGAUUCCUUCAAAUCCACUUAUCCAACAUAACCCAUCUCAAGAACCUCCCAUAAAUCAAAAGAAACCCAAAUUUGAUGAAACCAUAUCGCAUUUAAUCGAUCACUGAGGGAGGAAGACUUCAUGACGGUGAUUUGAUGUGGGUAACGGCAGUGGUUGUUUACUGUCUUCCUCCAUCUGCAUUCAGAAUUGUGGUGGCUGUGCUUUUUUCAGAAUUGCCGAAGGCUUCAGAAUUGUUCACUGUCUUCCUCCAUCUGCACCUCUUCUUUUCUCAUAAGAGUCUUUAAUUUUCGCUGUUCAUUUUAAGAGAUUUUUUCAAAGAUAUCCACAUUUACCUUUUCCUCUUACAAAACUGUUUUUUCAAGGGUUCAUCGAGAGAACUAGUUUCCACAGUUGGGGAAAAGAUGACAAUGCUUAAAAAAUUGCCUGAAAAAGUCUUAAAUUUAUGGAACAAUUGGGAGAUUCGAGGAAUGGUUUUGCUUAGUCUCUUGCUACAAACCAUCCUCAUCAUAUUUGGGUCUCGGCGAAAGACCAGUGGCAGAAUCUGGAUCAGGAUUCUCGUUUGGUCUGCAUACCUAUCAGCAGACAUGGUGGCAACUGUUGCACUGGGUACUCUAGCCAGGAGCCUAGGAGAUUCAUCAGGUGACCGUUCAGAGAAAGCAAACAAUUCCAUCCAGGCAUUUUGGGCACCUUUUCUACUCCUGCACCUUGGUGGCCCAGACACAAUCACUGCAUACUCGAUUGAAGAUAACGAGUUGUGGUUAAGGCAUUUACUAGGUCUUGUCAUCCAAGUCGGAGUGGCUUUUUAUGUCUUCUCAAGGUCUUGGGGUAGCGGUAUCCUCUCAUUCAUAGCGAUCCCAGUGUUCGUUGUUGGCGUUGUAAAGUACGCAGAGAGGACUUGGGUGCUCUGGUCUUCAUGCUCCAAGAGUUUGAAAAACUCUUCUCUCUCAGAUUUUUGGGGUUCUUGUCAUCGUACGAGAAUAUCAAAUCCACAAGACCUCCAGCGAGAUUAUCUUCUUCAAGCUUAUGUUUUUUCUUAUAUAUCCAAGUUUGCGAUGCAGGAUCUUGUCCCUGGCAUUGAUGAACUAAUAAGAAGCCGGGAGCUGAUUUCCAAGAAUGAAGCAGACGGUGCCUUCAAGGUGGUAGAGGCUGAGCUUGGAUUGAUAUAUGAUAUGCUUUAUACUAAAGCGCCUCUGAUUUACUCCCGUGGCGGAAUCAUUCUUCGCUGUAUCAGCUCUCUGCUCUCUGUUAUUGCGUUUAUUACCUUCCAGGUCAAGGUUGACAAGCUUGACUACUCAACGACCGACAUUGCAAUUACGUAUUUAUUGUCUGCGGCCGCUGUUUUUCUCGAGUUUUAUGCUUUUUUAUGCCUUGUUUUGUCUGACUGGACAAUGAUUUGGUUGAUUGGUAAAGGAGGGAACGCCCUGACCAGUGCAAUUUAUUCUCAGCUAAGGAAGUUAACUAGAAGCGAGAGGUGGUCGAGAUCCAUAUCACAGUAUAACCUCAUAAGCUCUUCCUUUGAAAGAGAGCCACAUAGAUGUUUGGAAUUCCUGGGAAUCGAUGAUAUGAUGAGGCAGAUGCAUGUGAAUCGGAAAGAUUUGAAUGGAGAACUGCAAGGUCUUAUUUUCGGACAUCUUCGAGAGAAAGCUCGGAAGAUUAAGGAAGAUUUGAAUGUCGUUGAUAAAAACGUCAGAAGUAAAAUAAUAGGUCAGAGGGGAGAUGGUGUGCUAGAAAGAGAGGGACUGUUACGGGACUACAAGUGGUGCACGACUGAAGUAGAAUUCAGUCGGAGCAUUCUUGUCUGGUAUCUAGCAACAGAUAUUUGUUAUCGUGCUGAUAAAGAUGGAAGCAAUGUCUCCACAGAAGAUGGAAGAUGUCUAUCUGAAUACAUGAUGUAUCUUUUGGUGAUAAGACCAAAUAUGCUCUCUAAAGGAUUCGGUGAUGAUGAGGAAUAUCAAGAAACCUUGCGAGACUUGCUGGGUCUAAAAGAUGGGGAAUUGCGGGGUCGAAAAUAUCGACGUACUUUGCGAGAAUUGUGGGGUCUAAAAGAUCGCGGUCCUGAUGAUGAGGGAUAUCAACGUACCUUGCGAGAAUUGCGCAAUAGUGAAUCACGUGGUUAUGAUGAUGGAGGGUCUCAAUUUAUCUGGAAAACAGAAAAGUCAGUGUUACGUGGUGUGGAUAGGCUCGCCAGGCAAUUGCUUUUGAUGGCACCUGAGAAGCGAUGGGAGAUGAUAAAUGAAGUUUGGGUAGAAAUGGUUGCAUAUGCAGCAGCUCACUGUCCAUGGAAAGAACAUACUCAACAACUGAGAAGAGGUGGAGAGUUACUCACUCAUGUCUCCCUUCUCAUGCUACAUCUUGGCUUGACCGAACAGUACGAAUAUAAAAGAUCCUUAUAUUCUUAUUUGAAAGGGGAGGAGCGAGAAGAAUAUUUCGGGGCUAUAGACAAAUGUUUGAAAGGGACUACAAUCAUGUCACGGCCGAGUCCCGAUGAGGAUUGCUUCUAA